AAAAUUUGAAAUAAACUAUCGUUAUUAUUUAAAUAAUCAUUUUGGUUACAAUUAAAGACAGCAGUGCUAAUAUCAUAUUAUAACAAUUACAGAUUGCAUACAAUGCAAUAGAUUCCAUUCAACGUCAUUGAAAAUUGGCACAGCUGAGUAAACUUAAUCGUUACGAUCGUAAUACUGGAGAAAAUGCUGGGUAAGGUAAAAGUUAGCUUAGUAAGUGGCAUAAGUAUAGAUGGGUCGGAUCAUCAUGUUCAUAACUCAAAAAAAGCUGCUGAAGGAUUUUCAGAUCCAAAGGCCACGUCUGAUAUUACCAAUCCUGGUCGUAAGUGUGGUGGUGCUUCUUGUAAUAUACACAACACAGGACAUAUCGACGCUUAUUUAUCGAAAUUACGAAAUUAAGGACCGGUCAACUGCAUACAACAUGGGAAUACUUUUAAAUAAGAUUUUCGUAGAAGAUGUUCUACUUUCGAGCUCAAAACCUCCGCCAGGUCGCACUAUAUUCUUCCACGAGACCACAUGUUAUCAUCCGGUUACGCUGUUCAAUGUAAUGAAUCUAACGGCAAGACAAGCCUGUGCCAUCGAAUCUGCCGCCUCGAAUAAUCCAAAUUUCCAAGUGUUUCUAUUGUUUGCCUGUCCCACAUACCGUCCUUUAUCCGGCGGCCAAAAACUCCUCAUCGAUGCCAUUGAGAGCUAUAAAAAUGUGCAGUUUCGUCAGUUGAACAUAAGUAAUUAUGCGCGAGACACUCCUAUUGAGGAUUGGAUCAAGAAAGGUGAUCUGCUUAACUCCGGCUUUCCGAUGCAGCACACAGCCGACUUACUUCGUCUGAUUAGUCUGUACCGCUUUGGUGGAAUCUACCUGGACAUGGACGUGGUGGUGCUGCGAAGCUUGGAAAAUGUGCCACUGAACUAUGUGGGUGCUCACGACAAUAUCACUUUGGGCAAUGCUGUAAUCAGCCUAGAACCCACUGGCAAAGGCCAUGAGAUUGCAGAAUUAUUUUUGCGGGAUUACGAAACAAAUUAUAAUGGCAAGGCCUAUGUAAAAAAUGAACCAGCUCUUGUAACACGCGUUGUAAAAAAUCUUUGUGGCAACGACCUCGUUAAACUUAUGCAAGAAGGUCGGAUAAGUUGCCAGGGGUUAACAGUAUUCAACUCUACCGCUUUCUACCCGUUAGGCUGGCCCCAGUGGAAGCAUUAUACUGAGCCCAAAUACCUGGAGGAAACAAUGGCAAUUACUAAAGAUUUUUAUUUAAUUCAUUUAUGGAACAAGGCUUCCUAUAAGGGCUUGAUCAAAGUCGGCUCUAGCACGGCCCUUGGGAUAUAUGCGGAAAAUCACUGUCCUAGGGUCUAUACGGCAGCUGGUGAUUAUUUCUAAAUCUGCAGUAUUAUUAAGAAUAUUAAAAUAUGUUGUCUGAAAAUGUUAAUAAUAAAGCAAAAACAUAGAUAUUAUAUAAAAAAUUAUAUAAAUUAAAUGUAAAUCCGUCAA